AUGGAUACCAAAAUUAGGACAAGUAUGAACAAAAAAAAAAUUAUUGCUGCAGUUGGUCUAGUCGCUGUACAUAACUUUAUGUCUAAACGAAAAAAUAGAACAAAAUGGGUUAAGAAUUGGAUCGCCAAUAGAAAUAUAUUUGGUCAUAUGCCACUACUCCGUGAAUUGAAUGCCAACGAACCAAACGAUUUUACAAAUUAUUUAAGAAUGUCAGCAUCAGAUUUUAAUAAUUUAUUAGAUUUACUUCGACCACAUAUAUCUAAACAAGACACAGUAAUGAGACAAGCAAUACCAUCCGAAGAACGACUUAUAGCAACAUUAAGAUUUUUAGCCACUGGACGUUCGUAUGAAGAUUUGAAAUUCAGUACAGGAAUCGCAGCCCAAACAUUGGGUUAUAUAAUACCAGAAACCUGUAAAGCUAUAUUUGAUACACCACAAACAAGCAAAGAGUGGAAAGAAGUUGCUGAAGGAUUCAAAGAUCGUUGGCAAAUGAUUAACUGUGGGGGAUGCAUUGAUGGAAAACAUAUACGCAUAACUCAACCAGUCAAAUCUGGAGCUCUUUAUUAUAACUAUAAAAACUUUUACAGUGUAGUACUAAUGGCUGUCGUUAAUCAUAAUUAUGAAUUUAUUUAUGUUGAUGUGGGCAAACAGGGAAGAAUAUCUGAUGGUGGUGUUAUUCAAGCAACUUCAUUUCACAAUAGACUACAAAAUGGGAGUUUAAAUUUGCCAACAAAAAUUGAAUGCGAUGAAGGUUUAAAUUUUGUAUUUAUUGGAGAUGAAGCUUUUGCAUUGGAGGAACAUAUAUUAAAACCAUACCCGCAAAAGAACCUAGAUUACCAAAAACGAAUUUAUAAUUAUAGAUUGGCACGUGCAAGAAACGUUGUUGAAAAUGCAUUUGGAUUGAUAGCAAAUAGAUUUAGAAUUUUACUUACAAGUAUUAAUAUAAAUACAUAUGACAUCAACUACAUUGUUCUAGCAAUUUGUACUUUACACAAUUUUUUAAUGAAAAAUAGUUCUUCUUACAUAAAACAAACAUCCUUUGAUAGUGAAAAUGUUGAAACUCAUGAAAUAGAACCAGGUAGUGUAAAGAACAGUUCAGCCAUUGCAAAAAUUAACAGAGAUGAGUAUUUGAAAUUUUUUAAUGAAAAAGGUAAAAUAUCAUGGCAAGAUGAGAUGAUAAGAAGAGGAAAAGCAUGA